AUGCCUGACACUCGGGAGUAUACCGUUGGCUGGUUCUCAGCCCUUCCGACCGAACUCGUUGCGGCGCGAGCAUUCCUCGAUGAAGAGCACGGGACAGUCUGCAUCCCGAACGACAACAACUGCUACACCCUGGGCAAGAUAGGAAUCCACAACGUUGUGAUUGCUGUUCUUCCAAAAGGAGAAUGUGGUACAGAUACAACGUCGGCCGUUGCCCGGGACUUGCUACGCAGCUUUCCGAAUGUACGUAUAGGAUUGAUGGUGGGCAUUGGUGGCGGCGCACCCAGCCAGAAGAAUGACAUACGACUUGGCGAUGUCGUUGUCAGUACUCCGAAAGACAACAGCCCUGGUAUCAUCCAGUAUGAUUACGGAAAAACUAUUCAGAACGAGGCCUUUAGAAUCACGAGAAGUCUGGACACGGUGCCCAUGAUAUGGCAGUCAACCGUCAACGAGCUUCGAGGAAAACACCAAAAACAGGGUCAUAAACUGCAGGGCAAUGUGGAGAGGGCACUUAACAGGAUCAAGGUGCAGAACAAGUACAGACGACCCUCGUCGGCAACCGAUAAGUUAUACAAGAGCAGCUUUUUACACCCACGAGGGUCUGAGGACUGCGCCGUCACAUGCGGUAGCGAUAUGGCUCAUCUGGUGGCUCGGGAAAAAAGAGGUGCUGGCGACCUCACCCCAGCUAUUCACUAUGGGACCAUCGCCAGCGCGAACCAGAUGAUGAUGAAUUCAUACGUCCGAGAUCGGCUAGCUGCUAAGCAUGGAGUUCUAUGCUUCGAGACGGAGUCAGCUGGUUUGGUAAAUCAUCUCCCGUGCAUCGUGAUCCGCGGUAUCUGCAACUACUCCGAUACGCACAAGAACAAUGCUUGGCAGGGGUACGCUGCCAUGACUGCGGCGGCCUAUGCAAAGGAUCUUCUGGCUUUACUCCCUCCUACCCAAAGGGUUUAA